AUGAGUAACCAAAACAAAUUUAAUGAAGAAAUAAAAAGUGAAAGUGAAAAUAAAUUAAUAAUUGAUGAAAAAAUUUUUUAUCAUAUCAAUAAUAUUAGAGAAAGAAAAAAUUUUACUAAAAUUAGUAAAAUAAUAUCUAUUGUAAGUAAUGAAGUUAAAAAAAAUUAUUUUAAAAAAAGAAGUGAUACAUAUUUAUUAAAGUUUGAUGAUUCAAUUGGUCUACCUGAUUUUAAAGAAAUUAAUCAAAUAUUAAUAAAUAUUUGCUCUAAUAAAAUAAAUAUUAAUAGGAGAAAAGAAGCCAUUAAAAAGUUACUAGAAUUAGAUGCAUUGACGGUAAUUUAUUGUGAAGAAUUUAAAAUUUUUAUGAAUUCAAUUAAUAUUAUUUUUCAAGAAAAAUUAUUACAAGAAAGUAUUUUAAAAUUUUUUACAUGGAUAUGUAAUUCAGAAGAGUUUCAUCUAAUUUAUAAUUGCAUUGUUUUUCUUUUAAAUGAAGUACAAAUAAAUAUUGAAUGGUGGGGAAAUCCAAGAAAUAAUAAUAUCAUCCUUUUUCAUAAACUUUUAUAUUCACUUUUAAUAAAUGUACCAGAAAUUUGGAAAUUUUUAAAACAACAUAAAGUUGAAAAUAUUUGUUACCUUUUUAGAAAAUAUUAUAAAUUAUGGCCUGAUAGGUGUGUUAUCAUAUUUAUAUAUGCUUAUCUAGAUAAUAAUACCGGUAUUUGGAAAAGAUUUUUGUCUACAAGUAUCUUCUGGAAAAAUGUAAAUAUAGAUGAGGAGAAGGCAUUCUUUGACAAAUUUAUUUCAUUGGAUGAAAAUUUAAACAUUAAUGACUUUUUUUUUAUUAUAAAAUCUAAGACAAUUCACCAAGACAAAAUAAAAAAUAUGAUUAAAAAUUAUAAAUUUGAAAUUUUUAAUAUAUUUAAUAGUUUCUUUAAUAUAGAUGAAAAUAAUAAAUAA